ACAUCUGUACAGUUUUGCACAGAAUCCAAUACGUGCGGUUGUUGGUCUGUGGGUGAAGAUCGGUGUCAAUUUUUACGAAAAUUUGCAUUUAAUGUUCAGCUACAAAGUGUUAUAAAUAUACAAAAUUUACUACACAAAAUAGUGACACCUAGCACUAAUUUAUACGCAUAAAGCUAAUAAUUGUGCCACAAAGUAUUUUGAUUACCCCCACUUCUUAUACAUAAGUAAACAACAAAUAUCAGUAAUAAUGUCUCAACAAGCAUUGCCACAACCGCAACAACAGCAAUUUGCCCUGCUGCCAAAGAUUAUCAAUGGCGGCAUCGCCGGUAUUAUCGGUGUCUCCUGCGUCUUCCCUUUGGAUUUGGUCAAAACUCGUUUGCAGAAUCAACAAGUGGGUCCGAAUGGCGAGAAGAUGUAUAAAAAUAUGUUCGACUGCUUCCGCAAGACAUAUCGUGCUGAGGGUUACUUCGGCAUGUAUCGUGGUUCGGGUGUCAACAUUCUGCUCAUUACGCCCGAGAAGGCUAUUAAACUGACUGCUAACGAUUACUUCCGUCACAAGUUGACCACCAAAGACGGACAUCUGCCGAUGAGCAGUCAAAUGUUAGCUGGCGGAUUAGCUGGUGCAUUCCAAAUCAUCGUUACGACUCCUAUGGAGUUAUUGAAAAUUCAAAUGCAGGACGCUGGCCGCAUUGCAGCACAAGCUAAAUUAACGGGUAAAACGGUGGAGAAAGUUUCAGCAACUAAAUUAGCCUCACAGCUGCUCAAAGAGAAGGGUAUAUUCGGUCUAUAUAAAGGUAUCGGUGCGACCGGUGCGCGUGAUGUAACCUUCUCAGUAGUUUAUUUCCCGCUGUUUGCAACAUUGAAUGCGCUUGGCCCGCGUAGAAAUGAUGGUUCAGGCGAGGCAGUAUUUUGGUGUUCCUUCCUAUCCGGUUUGGCAGCUGGUUCAUUUGCUGCGCUCUUUGUGAAUCCAUUAGAUGUGGUGAAGACACGUCUGCAGGCCAUUAAGAAAGCGGAUGGCGAAAAGGAGUUUAAGGGUAUUGUGGAUUGUAUUAGCAAAACCUUCAAGUACGAAGGUCCAACAGCAUUUUUCAAGGGUGGUCUGUGCCGUAUGAUUGUGAUUGCACCACUAUUUGGCAUUGCACAAAUGGUGUACUUCCUUGGUGUAGCCGAGGCGAUGUUGGGCAUGCAAAAGAAGAACUAAACGCACACAGAGAAAUAAUUAUGGUUACUUUAGUUGCUAGUGAAAUAUUAAAUGAAGUUAAAAGAUCAUUAUAAAUUUAGCACUUAAAAAAGGCAGUUUAAGUGAUGUUAGCAGAUUAAAAAAAAUACUACCAAACUGUAAUCCAUACAUUCAGAAUUGUAUGUAAUAUAUAAAUAAGUAUAUGUCAUGCAUUUAAUGAGUGCUGUCCAUAUAUACUCCAUGCAUUAAAAAAAAUGUUCAAAUUGAAAAACAUAAUUGUGAGCGCAAUAUGUACGUAAAUUGCGAUUGUUGUUGGAAAAAUGUGUCAUAUUUGUAUGCAUAUGAAUGUCAUAAAAUAUACUUAAAUUUAGCAUUAAUAAUACAGUGAAAAUAAAACGGUCAACUCAAAUAUGCAACCUAAAACCAGCACAAACAUAUGCUUGAACCAAUUUACAGCUGAAAAGGACAGUCUACAUAUGCGUAGUCAACACGUUAUUUUUUAUCUACAUUUAUGUAUGCACAUACUUGUUUAUUUGUAUAUAAAUCAUAUACAGCUAUGUACGUAUAUUUCUUAUCUAAAUAUGUAUGUGCAUACUCUUUCGUAAUUGCAAGCAAAAAAGCCCAUUUGUGUUGAGUUCCACAAAAUCUUACCAUUACAAUUAAAAAUAUGACAAUAAACUGCAGCUGCUGUAGAUGCAUAGCAAAUAAAAAAUAACAACAAAACAGCUAAAAUUCUAUUAGCAAAAGUGAGAAAAUUAUGAAUUUAUAAAUUAAACUGUAUUAACUAUAAUGCUAAAGUAUACACUAUAUAUAUGAACAUACUAUUAAGCGAAAUUUCUUGAUUUAUAUUGGCUUUAUUUUAAAUUGAGCGCUUUUGUCAUCUGCUCAGAGCUAUAGAUAUCAAAAACCAUAGUAUUUCUUGCAAUUUAAUACCCUUGCUUUUUUAUCAUUGUUGUUUUUUAUGUGUAUACGUACAUAUACAGUCAGUGCAAAGUUAAUGUGGCUUAAUGUGCAUAGGAGCAAAUAAUAUUGCUGCUUUAAAAGUAAUUUCGUUUAAAUAAAUAAAUAUUGUGAUUGCCUCAUA